AUGAUUAUCGUCAAUGAUCCACACCAAUCAUCAUCAUUAUUAUUGAAUUGGCCAAUAUUACAUCGACUAAAACAUUCAUUUCUUCAACAAAUUCAAUCAUUUCUUGUGUAUGGUGAUCGUGGUACUGAAGUAUUGAUCAUCACUGCCAACGAAACCAUCUAUACAUUUGGUGAAAAUAAUAGAUGGCCAUCAUUACCAUUAGGACAUCGUGAACGAAUUGAUGGUGAAAAACCGGAAGAAAUUGUUGAAUUUCAAAAUCAAAAAAUCAUCGAUAUUGUUUAUGGCCAAAGACAUGUUAUGGCUGUUACUGAAUUGGGUGAAUGCUAUAGCUGGGGUGAUAAUCGUUUUGGACAAUUGGGUAAUAAUACAUUUUUUGAAUCAUUAAAACCAAUACUUGUUGGUAAUCAUAUACAAUCAUUGGCAUGUGGUUCAUAUCAUACGCUUGCAUUAACAAACACUGGACAAGUAUUUGCAUGGGGCCGUAAUAAUUAUGGCCAAAUUGGUAUCGGUUCCAAUAAUGAUCAAUUAAUACCGGUUAAAAUAUCUUCAUUGGAUUCGGAAAAUAUUCAUAUGAUUAAAUGUGGUAGUUCACAUUCAUUUGCCGUUACUGAUCAUGGUAAACUUUAUGGAUGGGGUGGAAAUUCAUUCGGACAAUUAGGUAUUGGUAAUUGUACCCAUCAAAGCGUACCAACGAUGGUUAAAUUUUCCAAUGAUGUACCCGUUAAAUCGAUUGCUUGUGGUGAAUAUCAUACAUUAAUUCUAAUGAUAACCGGUGAAAUUUAUAGCUGUGGCCGUAAUGAUCAAUGGCAGCUAGGAUGUACACAAAUAUCUAGUAGUGAAGGAUCAUUAAUACCGGUACGAAUUUCAUGUAAAGAUCGUUUCGAAUCAAUUGCAUCACAUUUUGCUACAAAUUUUUCGGCUGCUAUUUCAACAUCAGGCUAUUGUUAUGUAUGGGGUGAUUGUGUACAGCCAGGCGAACAACAACCACAUCAUAAUCAUCAUCAACAAACGGAUAUCGAUGUUGAAAGACCAUCACCACCGAUUCGUGAACCACGACAAACACCAUUGAUUUCUAUACACGAUGCAUUCAUACAUUAUUGCCGUAAACGUAUUACACCAUUUUUAUAUGAUCUAGAUCAUGAAGAACGUAUCCGUAUGCGUACGGUUGGUUCACGUUUAGUUGAAAAAUUACGACAAUCAUUUAAUGAUCAAGCCACUUCGGAUAUAGAAUUCAUAAUUGAUGGCCAAUCAAUAUAUGUUCAUCAAUGGUUUCUACAAUUAUCUAGCCAAUAUUUAAAUCGAAUGCUUUCAGAUGAAUGGAUGGAAACGGCAAUGAUAAUGGAUAAAAAUGAAUAUGAUAGUGCUGAUGUACAGAAUAAUGGACAACAGAAACAGGAAAAAAUUCGUAAAAAAAUUGAAUUACAUACAUAUUCCUAUGAAGUAUUCUAUGCUUACUUACGUUAUCUUUAUACCGAUAUAUUGGAAUUUGCAGAAUCAUCAUCAACACAACAAACUUUAAUAGAAUUAUUAGAUCUAGCAAAUUGUUAUCUGGAUACGGAUUUGAAACAAAAAUGUAUCAAUAUGAUGCGUCAUAAUUUAUGUAUAACAAAUUGUUGUGAUUAUUAUCAGCUAGCCAUACGUUAUCAAUUAGUGGAUUUUGAAAAAGAAAUCAUCAUUUUUGCUUAUAAUAAUAUUUUCGAAAUUUGUCGAUCAAAUGGAUUUAAAUCAAUGUCCGGUGAUUUAUGUAAAUCAUUAUUAGUGGCCAUCAGUGAAAUGGCCUAGAAAUGUCAAUGAAAUAAACAAAACAAAAAAAAUUUUUGAUUGAAUGAAUGAUGAUGAUGAUGAUUUUGAUU